GGGCUGCUUUUGGAAGAAGAAGAAAAAAAAGCAGAAGUUGAGAAGAGAGGGAGGGAAGGAAAUAAGGGAGGAAGGACGGAAGGAAGGAAGGAAAGGGGAUAUAGGGAAGAAGAAGAGGAGGGAGGAGAGAAGAUCCUCCGCUCACUGGUGGAUAACGCGGCUCUAACGCAGCUCGCCCUGCCUAACCCCGGGUCUAACAAACCGGGGAAGGAGAGGAAGGAGAGGUAGAAUGUGGCAUCGCCGUUACCCGCCACUCUGACUGGGUGAGGGCAGUGUCGGGUAGUCGGGGACAACCGGUGGUCGUUUAAACCCCCGGUGUGUGUGUGGGUGUGUGUGUGCGUGUGUGUGUGUGUGUGUGCGCGCGCGUGUGUGUAUGAGGGUGGUGUUGGUGAAAACCGGUUUUUGAUGCGCGAGAAAGUGACGUGCCGCCCUCCCACCUUCCCGCCCUUUGCCACGAGCCGCUUGUCAACUCAACGGACAAGGCAGCCAAGUACUUCAUUUCUCGUUCCACACUUAUAAAAUCACCACAUUUUACCCACAUUUCUAUAUUUUUGUCCAUUUUUCCGAGUGCCUGUCUGAUGAACCCCUCACCCUGACUCUCCAAGUCUCGCGGGAUAUAAAGGAAAUAAAAGGGUGAAUCUAAAAGAGAGGAGGGAAGAAGAAGAGAAAAAGAUUAAGACAAACAGGAGCCGCCUAUAUGAAGAUGCUGAUGUGUGACCGCGGCGUCCAGAUGCUCGUGACGACGGUGGGCGCGUUCGCCGCCUUCAGCCUCAUGACCAUCGCCGUCGGUACCGACUACUGGCUGUACUCGCGCGGGGUCUGCCGCGUGAAGAGCAGCGGCGACAACGACACGAGCCGCAAGAACGAGGAGGUGAUGACGCACUCCGGCCUCUGGCGAACCUGCUGUCUGGAAGGAACAUUCAGAGGUGUGUGUAAGAAGAUUGAUCACUUCCCAGAGGACGCUGACUAUGAAGCAGAUGCUGCUGAAUACCUCCUCCGUGCUGUGCGUGCCUCCAGUAUUUUCCCCAUCAUGAGUGUGGGUCUGCUUUUCCUGGGGGGGCUCUGUGUGGCCGCCAGUGAGUUUUACCGGAGCCGACACAACGUCAUCCUCAGUGCAGGAAUCUUCUUCGUCUCUGCAGGACUCAGUAACAUCAUAGGAAUUAUUGUCUAUAUCUCUGCCAACUCGGGAGACCCAGGCCAGAGCGACAGCAAAAAGUCCUACUCCUACGGCUGGUCCUUCUACUUUGGCGCCCUCUCCUUCAUCAUGGCAGAAAUGGUGGGCGUACUGGCCGUGCACAUGUUCAUCGAGAAGCACCGCAAGCUACGGGCCAAGUCCCGCACCGAGCUCAUCAAAAAGUCCGCCUUCAGCCGCAUCCCCUCCUACCGCUACCGCUUCCGGCGUCGCUCCAGCGUGCGUUCUUCUGAGGCCCCCAGCCGUGACACCUCACCGCUGGGGAAAGGCGGCUACACAGGGCCUGCCGCCUCUGAGAUGCCCAUGUACACGCUGAACCCACGCGAGGCAGGCAACGCCGGCACCAAACCUGGCGGCAGCAUGGGUGGGCUGCUCAACUCAGAGAGGGAGUUCCUCCAGAGCAGCACGCUCACCAAAGACUACAGCAAGGACCCCAACCGCAGGACCACACCCGUCUGAGAGGUGCUGGCUGCAGAUAUCGAGUCAAUCAGAGUAUCAAAGAGAAGGAUGAUGAGAAAUACAGGGGGAGUGCAAAAGCAGGGGACACACAGGGUUAAGGGGUGGGAAAAGGGGUUUGAUAAACUUUGACUGUGAACUGUGAACUUUUAGCCUUUGAACUGUGAAUCCUGAGCCCUGUGAGAGUUUCAGCGUGAGUUGCAGGGUUGGUUUUAAUGGAGAAGUUGUUCCCAACUCCACUUUACCACAUAUCUCUGUAGUUAUACCUGUUACUCCUUACAUAUGAAGGCACAUACAAUUUAUGUUCAUAAAUUGACCUACUGGCUUUUUAAAGGGAGAAGAAAUGGGAUUGACCCAAGUUUAAUAGCAUAUCGUAAGUGGUUUGCUGUUUGGGGCAUCUUCUCCUAAAAAAUGAAAAUAAUGUGAACUAAAGGAGAAGAGGAAAGAGGUGAGAGACUUUGUGUAAUCUGACCUUUUGACCUCUGUCCUCCUGACCCUUUUGGAUAGCAGCGGAGUUGGAUUAGUGCAGGGAACAGCCUCAGAGCUCCGAGCUGUCUCUCUGAUUACGAUAACUGUUUAAAAGUGCAGAAGUUAACACCUCAGGAUCGGGAUUGAUUCAUUUUCAGUUCAGCCGGAUUCAAAAUAUAAAUUGAAGAUGCAGUUUGUCCAUUUAAUGGCAGCACAUUUGUGGCACUAGUUAUUAUUUUCUAUACACAUUGUAUAUAUAUACUCUCUUUUCAUAUUGAUUGAUUGAGUUAAUUGUAGAAAAGCUCACUUCAUACCUGACUGAACUGAAACUGAAUUGCGCUCAUUCCUGGUACCAUUCAACCCAUCUCUCUGAUCCCAGGUCAGUUAUUAAACCUGCGUAACGGUUUUUGGUGACAUACACUGACUACAGAUCAGCUGUUAGGUAGGAAAAGGUGUGACUCAACAAAACUAAUGAAUCUCUUUUAGAUGGUAACGUUAGAUCAUUGGUGCUUCCUUUUACCCCCUAGUUUGCAGCCACACAAGUCAUCUCUCAAUUUAUUUUUUCGCCUAAAAACUUAAAAGAGAUGAUCAAAUAUUUGUCCGUCUGUCCGCCUUCACCCAUCGCCUUUCACCUUCCACAUUUUUCUGUGUAGCCCCAUAACUCACCUCACUGCCACCCUUCACACACCUCCUCUCACCCUCUCUUUCUCUUUUAGGUCCUGUCUUCCGUUGGUGUCGCUCGUAUAGACUAGUUAGGUGUUCUGGAGGUUGUUGGUUCAGGGUACUGUGGAGAGGAGACCGCUGAGCUGUGAAUAUGCUUUAAGGCAGAGCCAAAAAGACAUUAAACAAACAGAUUUUUUUUUUUGUUUGCCCACUACCUCUUGGUGAAUAUCUUUCAGAUGAAUUUAAUAUAAAGUUGUCUUUUCUUGCCAGAACAAUUGUCAAAAAAAUAAAAAAUUCAGCUGCAGAAAUAAACAGAGAAAAUGCUCACUUCAGUCUAAAGUACACAUCUCUCUUCUCCAAUGGAGGGUCUGUUGAAAAAGAAUUUAAAGAUAAAUAGAUGGAAUUGGAGGAAGUCCCAUGCAUUAUUCAGAGGAUUUGUGCUCCGUCCGUUCAGCUGUUACUCACAGCCUCUCCUCCUUUUUAUCUCCCUUACAUGUGCACAUACUGUAUACAUCUGCACAAAUACACACGAGCCUCUACACAUCUACCACAUGUCUCCUACAUGGAGCUGUGACAUGCACAGACAGUCAUGGCCCUGUUAUCCUUAAAAAAGAGACACGUUUAGAGACACAUCAAUACAUUUCCAUAUAUCAGUCUCCCCUGCUCUCUCUCUCAAACACAUGGACAUGAAAAUACUAAAUGGAUCGAUUGAGCACACAGUAGGCAGAUGUGAGCUUAGAUUUGUUCAAGAUUAUAUCCAGAUACAAAAAUGGUGCACUCUGACACUAUAUACUGUUUUGGCCCCAUUUUGUAUUAACAGCCAAGUGUUUGUUAAGCAUUUAAGAUAUUUGCCACUCAUGAACAUGAGAGGCACAUGAUUUAUUGUUUUAAGAGCCCUUAGUUUUAGCAAGACGACACUAAAAAUGAGAGAGAGGGUUAGUUUAUGAAGGGAAGAGCGAUAGAGGUUUGAAUCCAAGCAGCGAUUGGAUGAAUAAGUACUGGAUAAGAGGUGAGACGAGAGGCGUAAAUUAGGCUGGAAUCUGUGUCAUUGUCAGCCAGUGAUGUUUUAGAAGGCUAAAGAGUGUUAAUUGAUGGUGUGAUCUUCCUAAAAAUAUAAUAAUGCAAUCUAAAUAAAUAAAUAUAUACUGUAUCUGUGCUGUUUUGGACUGGGGACUGAUCACUUUCCAAUUGAUACAUACUGGUACACUUGUUUCAGUAUCCUAAAUAUCUAAAUAUAUGGUAUUAGGCUUUAUUUUUGCUUUUGAAAUUAUAUAUUUUUUGCGUACAAUCAGUUUUUUACUGGAUCUACCAAAAUCUGUUGCCACCUCUGUCCAAUUUAAAUGUUGGCAGAGGAUUAAAAGGUCAGUUUCCUAGACUUUUACAACACAUACAAAGACCCAAAAAGGCUUACUUUGCAACACUUUAUUACAGAGAGCGUCAUCUGAAUGCAGGAGAUCGUAUUAAACCAUUUAUCACAUCACUAGACAACACCUGAUCACACACAUACAUACAAGGGGAGGGGUUGCAACAGAGUGAGAAGAAGGCAAAAUAGCCAUAAAACAGAGAGUUAGGGAAAGCUGAGGAGAGAGAGAAUCAGUAGCUAGUAUAAAUAUUCACAGCAUUUUUCUCAAACUUCGUCUUCUAUGAGUAAAAAGUGCGCGUGAAAGAGGGAAAAAAUGCAUUUUUGUUUCCUUCUUUACCUCCCUAAGCCACCAUUGCACUGUUUUGUAUAAACUAAAACUGAAACACCAAGCUGAUACCAGUCACACUGAGAGUUAUUACCCUGAUAAUAAAAGAUGUUUUAAACCUCAGUCAUACUGUUUAAUUUAUGACGCUGCUGCUUUAUCCACUGUCUUUAACGCCAUAAAGGGAGCUUAAAGGGACAAAACGUGUAUCACCACAGACUUGCUCUUGCUGUCCUCCACAUGUAAAUAUUAAUUUUGCAAGCUAACUACAACAUCAGCAGUUGUCAUGGGCUGUGAAAGGGGAAAAAAAAAGCUUUUCUCAAAGCAAGGGCUUUUAAUUUUUUAAGGACAGGAGCACACAAGGGCUUUUUACGCUCAGCGCUGCAGCAACGUCGUUUUAAGGGUGUUAUGUAGGAAGGAAAGGCAAAGUACAUUUGCACAGGAACAACCGUUUUUAAACCAGCUGAAUAGCUAACUAAGGAUAUAACAGGCUUCUCGCAAAAGAGAAGCAGAGGUCGAGAAAACGCAAAGACUGUACUCUUCUACUCACGUUAGCUACAGGUUAGCCUUUAGCGGAUUUCUUUGCUAACUUUAGGUUAGAUGGCUGACCUUAUAAAGUAAUUAGCUAUGAAGAAUAUUGCCUUAAGCAGAGGUAGGAUAACAAUUUUAAUUAAGAAUUAUUUGAGUUAGCUUAAGGAUCAAACAUAUAUUAGCAAAAUAUUGUUAAUCAUACUUGGUGCGAAAUAUUACUCAAAAUGUUUCCUGUAUAUCAUGGCCUCCAGGUUAGCUUUAGAUCAUAGGUUCACCGCUCUACUCUUUUUUGCAUAGGAGUUCCUGCAGUAUACUGACUCAGCAGUAGUAGUUAUGUAGCUCAGCACAUCAGAGGCCCCUCGGAUCCUGAGGGUCUGUUAGGGGUCAGGGUUCAGAUCCGCAUCCAUGAGCCAUGUCAGCAUUGACCUUUCAAACCAUGCAUGCCAUAUCCAUCCGCUUCCAGUGCUUACAUUCGCUGUAUCUCUAAUCGAGUCUCAAAUGGCACCCUAAUCUCUAUACUCCGUAGGGAUACUGGACUGCUACAUUUAAGACGCCUUACAAGGGUGUGUGGGCCCUGUGCCUGUGCUGUGUUUAAUGAUGUUUACUCAAAUAGAGCACAGGGUGCUUUUUGAGACUAGACCUCUGUCUAUCUCUUCUUACCGCCAUACAGCUUUGAUACUCUGAUAUCAACAACAAAUAAUUGUAUUAUUAGUAAAUAAAUAUUCUAUUCUAAAGGUGCCACUGUGCAGAGGAUGACAAAACUCUGUCACAUAUUAUAGUUAUUAAUCUAUUAACGGGGGGUUUGAUUGAUGGGAGCAGAGUUGGGAAGUUGGGGUCGUAGUCUUUGUAAUAUUAUAUUAUUCUAGUUUAAUUUUCUACUUUGAUGUGGUUUGUGAGAUUGUGUUGUUUUGAUCACAUCUGAAGCCUCUGACAGGAGGAGCCGAAGAGACAGUGGAGCGCUCGGACGAUCUCUGUUCAACGUUAACCUCACCUCACUGGUGCCAAAGGUCACGUUACAGUCUGUCAGCGGGACGCUCAAAACUGAAAGUGCAAUACACACACUGACAAGCAUUCAGAGUACUUAGGUUACUACACUUUUGAGGACCUAACGACCCAAUACAUUGCACUAGGUUACCUGUUACAGGGGACGAUUGCAGAAAAUAAUGCAAUCCAGUAAAGCAGCCUGUGAAAACACAAUACUUUUAUCAAGCUUAGAAUUAUCAAUUUUUGUUAGGAGGCAAAAUAAUAGAAACAGUUUACAAUGUAAGGCAAUAUGAUACAACUCAACCACAGCCUCAAAAAAAAAAAAAAAAAAAAGAUUUGAAACAGCCCCUUUUUUUUAUUUACAUUUUAGACUUCACAGAAGUAAUGUUUUUGCAGGACUGCCAUAAUGGAUUGUAUUACAUUGUACCCCUGUGUAUUCUUCACCACUUAAAGCUAGGCAGCUUCAUUAACUGCCACAAUAUCCUGAUCAACAAUACCAAAUAAUAAAGUAUAAUUGGAAAUGAGAUAAUGCACCUUAACACAUGGUUAAACAUGUUAUUACAUCUUACCUUCUUCCUUUUCACUGUGACUCCAGAAACAAGUCCUCUUUCCUGGUCCUCUGUUGGCACUUUCAAAUUAAAACGUUAAAACACAUCAAGGCAAUUUGAUGCUCCAAAGGAAGCCGUGAGCACACAUUCAUGUUGUGAUUAAAUAAUGAUAUCACAACCAACAUGAAUUUGAAAUUUAGCAAAUUAAGACCAUAUUUUCUAUUUAUAAAUUGCUAAAACAAAAAGCCAAAAAAAAAAAAGCAUUGUGUGGGAUAUAGGUCCUCAUGAGUAUAGAAACACAAGACCACAACACAUAGUAAUGCACACACUCAUUAAUAGUCACAAACAUAUACACAGACAUUCAUUUAGGCACAGAAAAAAACACACAGCUUCAGCUUUGCCCAGUGCGGUGUAGGGAUAAGUGUGUCCUGUUAAAAGAAAAAUCACUGUGUCAUGUUUGGAAAAAUCAUUAUAAGUGUUUCUUUGAGAGAAAAACAACAAACUGUUUCUGUCGCUGAUGUGUCGCUCCUCACUGGAACUUCAAGUACACUGAGCCAGCUAAUCGAACACGGAGGACCAGAAGAACUGUUUGAGAAAUGUGAAUUUACUGGAAUAGUUCUGAGACAAACACGCUAUAAGCACUCUACACUUUGCACUCGCUACCAACACACACACACACAAAUACACACACACACACACACACACACAGAUACAAAAACCCAUACAAGGUUACUGUGUGAGGAGGGCUUACAGGUGGAGUUAUGUGCCUGCAUGUUUGUGUGUGUGUUAAUAUUCACGUGUGUGUGUGUGUGUGUGUGUGUGUGUGUGUGUGUGCGCGUGCGUGUGCGUGUGCAGUUAGCCUCUCCUCACCCAUGCACCCAGUGCCUGCCUGUCCUGCCUUCAGACAGCUCCCAGAUCAGCCAUGGGGCUUCCAGUAUAACCUCCUCUGCAUUCCCACGACCUUUAACGGUUGCACUGGGAUCAGUUUUAGAGCUAACUGCCCCGAUCAUUCCUCAGCAGACGCAGCCAUACAAAAUAUAAGGACUGUUUUGGAGUCAGCGGUUUCCGGUGGGUAUUGUGUAUUAUACUGACUAAAUAUGAUAAUGAGUCUACGUUACAAGGCUAAGAGGGAAAUCAUUUUUUUAUUUACAUGGUCUGACAGGACUAUUGGACUUUUAUUUUGACACACAUGCUGGGCAGAUCUGACGUUUCUGCCUGUGAGGCUGAUUUAGGAUCGGCAGAGGGGGCUUAGCAGGAUAGACAAUAAUCUAUCGAAUCCCUAAUGACAGCUGGUCUUGAAUCAGCACAGCCUGGUGUAGCCUGCUGUUCCUUGUGUUCUUAAACCUCCCCCAGAUCAGACAGGAAAAGGGGGGAAAUCUUCUAGCUCGAUCUGCAAGACUCACUUAUUAAACCAUUGUGUUGCUUGAGAUUAUGUUUAUAUGAGGUUUUACAUGACAGUGUUUCCUCUUUAAGAUGACGUGAGAGGUCGCCCCCACUAGGGUUAAAACAUCUGUUGUUCCUGUUCCUGUUCUGUUGUGGGACUGUAUACCGAGAAUCCUUGGUUUUCAGUGCAAGUUCAAACAACAGAAGCUAUAGUUAAAAUAGUAGCCACAAGAAUCAUUCAGGCCUUGGUGCCUAUAUUAAGCCCGUUUUCCAGACUACCCUCUUCCUUAAUAAUUUCCAGUUGUAUUGUGGAAACCUGUAGCCCUUUAGCUAGAGAGGUUUUGUACCUGUCUUGCGUCUUACAUAUAUUAUUUUGACAGGAAGUACACAGUGAUUCAAAUUUGCCUCAAGUCCAGUGUUCAGGCAGUGUUGUUUACAUGCAGAACAUAUCUGAGGCUGGCAUGGUUGACUGACCAAGGAGGAAAGGCCCAAAAUGGCAGGAUGUUGUACCAGGCCUUGAGAGUUUCGCUCUGCACCAGGUGUAUUCAGGCUCCCUCUUACAUAAAAUGCUUAUGAGCAGUAGCAGCAGUACAUGUUAAAGGUUUCGUCUUCAUGAACAAGUGUUUUGGAGUUAUGAAUGAAAACAUGAGUUGGUCUAAUAGAAAAGGUUAUCACAUUCUUGUUGAAUUCAGUUUUCAUUGAUAGAUCCCCAAUAGAGUUACACUAGAUCUAAUCCCUGAAAUGUACAUGUGAUAUACAUCUAUUGGAUUACUAUUGAGAUUUUUGUAUCAUCUGAGAAAGCCAUGCCCCAAAGAGACUAAAUUGCCCAUCACAUAAUUUCUACUGAGCCAUGUUGUAAUGGUUAGAGUCAGGCUACCAGGCAUAGAGACCAGCAUAGAGUUUUUAGCCAUGCUAGUAGCAUGGCUCUGUGGAAGUGUUGGAUUUUCAUCUAGCGCCAUCAGGUCAAAUAUUCUAUUUGCCCAAUACUUGGAUCCUUUUCCGUGUUUAAUGCUAAUUAGUAAAUGUUAUCACACUAACAUGCUAAACUGCUAAACAUCCACGUUAGCACUGUCGUUGUGCUAGCAUGGCUUUUAAACUCUUAGUCUUGGUUUUUAAAGUAGAAUAUGACGAAAAAUCUAAUUUUAAGUGGUAAAUGACUGUAACCUGACUUUGUCCAUUUCAAACUGACCUGAGGACUGUUAGAAAACAAACACCAGAACACAGACUCAGGAGAGGAGAUGUAGAAGUUAGUGACAUUUUAACUUUUUUAUGUAUUUCUUAGUUGAUUGGAGUUUGCAUUGAUGCAGUGUACAGUAACACAGAGUCCCUUCAGAGUAAAAGAUCCAGAAUAUCAGUAAAUGCAAAGUUUUUAUUAUUAUUGUGUUUAUUAUACGUGUAGUAGUGGCAAAAAGCAAAACAUUUUGUUUUCAGGGAGUGUAUCUUGCAGGCAUUGUAGCAGUUUGUUUUGAGGUGAAACUAUUCUGAUGGAGAUGAGGAGAGUAAACAGAAACCAGCCGUUACUUUGCGGUGAAAGUGAAAAGCGAAAGCCUAAAGACAAAUGUGCAGCUGGAACCUGACGUGACAUUCAUAAAUGAAAUCCCCCAAAAAUGUGGGUUGACCAUAGUUUUUAAAACACCUAAAAGCGUGAUGAAAGGUGAAAGAUGAAAUAUGUGUCAAUGGGCAGCUUUUUAUUCUGCUCCAUACCUCUGAGCCCUAUCAUGAGAUACUUAGUCCUUGACAACACACACACACACACACACACACACACACACACACACACACACACAUACAUGCAUGCAGAAACAUGCUGGCACUCACAUUUGUCUUUCUAUACACAGGCACACUGACUGUAUAACUCUCACAGCUCACAUACACACACACACACACACACACACACACACACACACACACACACACGUAGCUGCCAGCCAGUUUCACUGUAUACUUUAUAAUGUAAACCUCCAACUAACAGCGGUCUGACACGGACACAUGCUGUGAAUAAAAGCACACUUUUACUUACAUGAUAUAAAUAUGAUUACCUAUAUCUAGAGAGAAAGAAUAUUAUAUACAGUAUAAUAAUUAGAAAAUAAAGAGUCACCUUUUCAAAGUGCCUGUGGUGAGUUCAUUUUGUAUUUGAAUGUGUGUAUGUGAAUGUAUGAUGUGUAGCUGUGUGAUCUUACAUCCUGCACACACACACACACACACACACACACACACACACACACACACACACACACACAGAUAACCCCGUAGUCUGGUGGUCUUCCUAGAAAAUUAACACUAUCUAAUCUUUAUUGGAAACCUCACCACACCCCAACAUAAACCUGCACAAUAUUGAUGAGAAAAUGUACACAUACGCACACUCCUCCCUCAACCUGCACACAAACACACAGACGCACUAGAUGUGUAUCAGCUGUACUGUGUCAACUGUUCUGAUUUAGCUGUCCGAUAGAUAACUCCUCUGCUUAUCUCCACAGCCACCUCACAGAUGUCUGAAUGAGGGAAAGGAAGAGGGCGGGAGGAAGAUGAGUUAAAAGGGGAAAUGGGAAGGAGAAAGAAAAAAGUUAAUGAGGAGACUGGAGGACGUGCCAGCUUUGAGGUGUUUGAAGGAGAUAGAGAGAGUGUGUGUGACAGUAUGCGUGUGGGGGGGAGUGUGCAUGUACAUACAAAUGAGUAUGUCUGUUUAUGGUUGAAAUAUAUGGGUGUAGGUGGCUCUCCAUCUAUUUAUUUGUCACUUUUUCUGAUCAGAUUGUGAUUGAAAAUGAUUCAUUUGAUAGUAUUCCUGUAUCCCUGUGAGAGUCCUGUGUCAACCAUGUAAACUGUUUAUCCAUGUGCCACAUCAGGUGGUCUCCCUCCGUUCACAGAUUGUGUUGCAGGAGCCACUGAUCAAAUGAUUUUGAGACAUUAUUGGCGCAACUCACCAUCAGCAUACAGAACCUUAAGUAGGCAUCAUCUAAAGCAGUGGUUUCCAACCUGGGAACCCCAACAAGGGAUCGCAAGAUGAAUCUAAAGGGUUACAAGCCGAUCAUCCAGGUGGAAAAUAAAAAAGAAACCUAAGUUUGUAUACAGAAAAACACAUUUUCCAAUAUGUGCUUCUUUAUGUGAAUUACUGUACAGUUUUAUCUUUUCAGGCCUUCAUUAUUAUUAAAAUUAAACAAUAUGAGAAUUUUUCAAACCGCUGCUCAUAAAUUAUACAUGCAUCCUGUGAUGUGUUGUUUUAAGGGGUCACAAACAAAAAAGGUUGGGAACCACUGAUAUAAAGCUCAAGCUGGACUACACUGAGUUUGAAUUCCUUCCAGGGACAGGAUACAACUGGUCCAGUUCAAAACUCUGGCGCAAGUCUACAAGAAGGUUACUGUUCCUUCCUACGUCUAAGCCAUGGUCGAACAUUGUAUUCUGGCAGGACAGCAGAGACCCCGCCCAUUGUCAGACUGAAAGCAGACCUACACCUCGACAUCCCAUCCUAAAGGUGUCAGUAUGUUUCAACCAACCAAGUACUUGUUGGAUGGUCAAAUAGCGUCUGACUUCCCCUGUCCCUACACCUUUUUGACAUGGAAAGAACUGCAUCUGACAAAACUGACAAUCUGACAAGCACGACCACUUCAUACAGCAAUUCGACAUGUGUGAGGAUGUGAGAAAGUAUACGGUUUGGACUUCUCUCUCUCUGAAGCUCUCUAUUUUCAUACUUCACACUAUUAACUUCUGUCACUUUUCAUAUGCACAGACAAGUGCAACACUAACUGCCUUUGAGAAAAGAUUCAGUCCAGGUCCAGUGUGUGGGAUUUAGUAGGUCACUUUAGUUUAAGCUUAGUUUUAGUUAGUAGUGAAAACUACUGUGGUUGCAAAACACAUGAAAAACGCAAACACCCCUAUCUAGAGCCAGUGUUUGGUUUUUCUGUCCUGGGCUUCUAUAGAAACAUGGCAGUUCAACUUGGCUGACUCCAUGGAAGGCGACCCACGGCGUCUUUAGAUAUAAACAGCUCCAUGGUAACGAAAACACAAGGAUUGAAAAAUUCAGGUGAUUAUACAAUAAUGAAAACAUACCUAUGAAUAUUGUAUUCCUCCUAAAUGUUACACACUGGACCUUUAAAGUAUACUUUUGCCUUCAGACGUGGUAGGACAGCACGUCGUACAAGUUCUCAUAACCCGGCCCUAAACUAAACCUCUACAUCCCAUGCUAAAGUCAGCAUCAGUAUGCUACAACUGAAGUGCAGAUGGUCGAACAGCAUCUGAAACUCCACCCGCCAUACCUUUUCAAUGUCAGAAAUUGCAGGGGGGGCUUCAUCUGACAACUUUCUGAAACCAACCACCUGACAAGCAGGCCGGUUGUUCAUCCCUGAGUGCAGUUACACUUCCAGAUCAAAAGGACAAGAAUUAAGAGAAAUGGUCUCUAAUAUUAUACUAUGUGUUUUGAUGUUUGAUGCUUUUCUGAAUUUGGAGUGAUUUUACUUUGUGGUUAAAUGUUGUAUAUGUUGCCCAAUUUGCUAUUGUAUGUUAUCAGAAUAUAAUGUAACAGCAAGACCACAACAGCAAGUAAUGUGAGAAGGAAGGAUUCGGUGGAGAGCUCAGAUUCACCUGAUGAAUAUUCAUAACUGUGACGUCACCGAUGGAGCUCCGCGCUGUCGUCAUAGAGAUUAGAGUGGAUGACGGGAUUAUGAGAGACUCUCCGCCACACUGGGAUUGGCUGCCACUCUGCUUUUGUUCCUCCUAACUGCCUUCAUAUGUGCCAUUUUGUCACUCAAUCUCUCCUGCCGCUCAUCUCCUCUGUUGCAGAUAUUAUAACCAUUGCACACGUUUCAUUUUUCCAGUUUCCUUUCUCCCCUUUUCACCCUGGCUCACUUUUUUCUUCUCCGUGAUCCUCUUAGUCAUUUUCCCCUCUGCCACAUUUUUUGUGUUUUGAAACCCCACCCUUCCAUCGAGCAGUACGGUUCUGUAGUAAUUGCUUUCUUCAGCUCCAUUGGCCCAAUAAGAGAAAAUGGCCCCUUAUGCUAAUAGGCCAUAAAAGACACUGAGCAUUUCCCAGCAGGAAUCCCACAUCAGAUUAUUUUAUAGUGCUGUACCAGACAGUAAUGUCUUACCUCUAUGUGCUUUAAAAAUAAAACAGGAAUUUGUGCAAAAGAUGA